AGCGUUCAGCCUCGAGCUCCGCAUUUUUUCAGCCGCAGCGUCAGCGUGUCCGAUCUGCGCAUUCGAUUAAGGCCUUGGCAUCUGCCGCGUCCACGGGUCUAAGCCUGCAGUUGCCGAAGACCGCCCAUCAGACGAAACCUGUCCGGAUCAGCGAGCCGGGUUCACCAUGGCGAGCUUUGCUUUGUUGAACGAGGAGAAGAAGAUCCUAAGGCGAAAGGAAAAAGAGUUGGAACGUCAGCAGAAGAUCAAUGAGAUCAAAGCUGCUCCCGUCCCUGUUCACAUGGGCAAAUGGGCCGAUGCCUCGGAUGAUGAGGAUCUCAACGUCAGGGCGCCCAUUUCGGACUCUGAGACCGAGAGUGAGCCUGCUGAUGCUCCUGAGGCAGCCCCCGUGCAGGAUUGGGAACAGCGAGAGACCAACGGAACAAAGGCCGACACAAAGGAGCAGGCCGCACCUUCUGGUGGAAAGAACAAGAAGGAAGCGAAAAAACCGGUGAAACCUGAUGACGAGGACUUGGACGCCAUCCUGGGAGAGUUGGGAAUUGACCUACCCCAGGAGUCGCAAGGUGGUGCAUCAUCCUCCAAGAAGAACAGAAAGAAAAAGGACAAAGAGGCCGAAACGGGAGAGCCCACCAGCGGUGGAUACCCGGAUGCGGCCAAGGAGGAAAAGGCGAAACAAGCCAAGGCAAAGGAGGAAGAGAAAAAAACUUCGAAAGAAAAGGAGGAAAACGGCGACAACGGAGAAGAGAAGGUCUUGGACGAAGUGGCAAAGCAAGCAGCUUUAGAGGCCCUGAAGAAGAAGAAGGCGGCGGCCGGUAAGAAAGCUGCGCCAUCUGAUGCCGUGAAAGCCGCGGCCGCCGAGGCCAAGAAGAGGGCGGAGCAAAAGAAGACGAAGAAGGACAAAUCCAUGUACGAUCGAUGAGAGUAGCGAGAAUGCUCUGUGGGAAAAUUUUGAUGACUUCAGACCACCUGAAAAGGUAUGCGCCACAAUGACGCCCGUGGGCGCACCGGGGUGCAAGGACGACGCGAGUCGUGGAAAGUGGCAAACCCCCUUGAUGGUUUUAUGUGCAUCAGUG